GCUGGUAUAAAGAGUCUCCCUCGAAGUUUCCUUCUCUGCUAUUCACACACUCUCAGAUUGAAGAAUCCAAUGGCAGGAAUUCAAAACAAGCUGUUCGUCGUGCUACUUUGUUCGGCUUAUCUGAUCGCACCUUUUGCUGAUGCCAUAGAUGUCAAAUACUGCAAAAAGAAUAAAGAUUAUGCCGUCAAGGUCAGUGGAGUUGAGAUUACUCCUUACCCAGUAACAAGAGGCCCAGAGACCACCUUCACUAUUACUGCCUCUACAGAUACACCCAUCGUUGGAGGGAGUCUUCAGAUUGAUGUUUCAUACUACUUUUUUGGUGUCUAUAGCGAGACCAGUGACCUCUGCACGAAGACAGAAUGCCCUGUUUCUUGUGGUGACUUUGCGAUCUCUCACUCCCAAGCCUUGCCUUCAGUAACUCCGCCUGGUUCAUAUACACUCACAAUGAAGAUGAAAGAUGGUGACAAAAAUGAGUUGACAUGCAUCACGUUUGAUUUCAGCAUUGGCUGGUAUAACUCCGAGGAGGCAGUGGCUGCCAGUUAAGUGCUUGAAAUCUGUUUUCUCGACCAAUCUAUCAAUAACAGCUAUACUAGAUUAUCUCAUGUUCCCUUCUGUUUACAGCUCUGUAUAACAUACACCAUCUCGCAUUUGGUUUUGUACUACCUUUAAUGGUUUGACUGUAAUAACCGGUGAUACUGGUUACUAAGUCCUAUGUUUGUACAUAAAAAAUCGAUGCUUUCCCAUGUUAUUCUA